AUGGUGCCACAGCGGACUCCCACCGAGACGUCCCCGUUGUUGGGUGAGAGCAACGGCACUGUCUCUAACGGGGCGAUUGUCGGUCACGAUGCGGAGUCAGGGGAGCCCAGACCGUCGGUGGAGGACCAAGGGAAGGAGCCGUUUCCUGAUGCGAAGAAGCAGCUAAAGUGGAUUGUCCCUGCAAUCUCGAUAGGUAUUUUCCUGUCUGCGGCGGAUCAGACCAUUAUCAUGGCCAGUUAUGGUCAGAUUGGAAGUGAUCUCAAGGCUCUCAAUUUGACCAGUUGGAUUGCCACUUCGUACUUUUUGACUUUGACUUCGUUCCAGCCUUUGUAUGGAAAGCUGAGUGAUAUUUUUGGUCGGAAGCCCUGUUUGCUUUUCGCCUAUGCCAUUUUUGGAAUCGGAUGCUUGUUCUGUGGUCUGGCUCGUAAUAUCAACGAGUUGAUCGCUGCACGUGUCUUCCAAGGCAUUGGUGGUGGAGGUAUGACCACGGUGGUCAGUAUAUUGAUGAGUGAUAUUGUCCCCUUGCGAGACCGAGGGCUCUGGCAAGGCGUUAUCAAUAUCAUCUUUGCCACUGGGUCUGGAACGGGUGCACCUCUCGGCGGAAUCUUGGCCGAUUACAUCGGUUGGCGCUGGGCGUUCCUUGCGCAAUUCCCCAUGUGUAUUCUUGCCUUUAUUGCCGUCUCAUUCAUGCUCAAGCUGCCAGCUCAGGAGAGUUCGCACUGGAAAGACAAGCUUCGUCGGGUUGAUUUCCUCGGUGCAAUCGUCCUUGUCGGUGCCGUACUAGGCUUCCUCCUUGGUUUGGACCGCGGAAGUAAUGUCUCAUGGACCAUGCCUCUGACAAUUGCCUCGCUGAGUGUCUCGGUGGUCCUGUUCAUUGCCUUCAUCCUGGUCGAGAUUUAUCUCGCAGCUGAGCCUUUUGCCCCUGGCCAUAUCAUUUUCAAUCGGACAUUUUUCGCCCUCUAUUGCUGUAAUUUCUUCAGCUUUGGAGGAUGGCUUGCGGCAUUGUUUUAUAUUCCGCUUUACUUCCAGGCCGUGGAUGGGGUUUCGGCCACUACUGCUGGCCUGCGCCUUCUGCCAUGCAUCUUGGCUGGAGUUUCCGGCUCUCUGUUCUCUGGGUUUAUCAUGAGGUGGACUGGAAAGUAUUAUUGGUUGACUGUUGUUGCUUACUCUCUCCUGACAACCGGCUGCUUUACCAUCUACAUGUUUUCGGGUGGCCUUGUUGCCAGCGUGAUUCCCAUGAUCCUCGGCACGGUCAUCUCGGCAUUCGGAAAUGGCAUCGGUGUCACUACGACUUUGAUCGGGUUGAUAUCGAAUGCAACUUUUGAGGAUCAGGCAGUUGUAACUGCUUGUUCAUACCUUUUCCGAUCUCUAGGAUCCGUCAUCGGCCUCUCUCUUGGCUCGACUGUUGUUCAGCAGUCACUGCGCGAUGGAUUAAGAGAGGGCUUGCGAGACAGCAAAGACAUUGACCAGAUCGUUAACGGAGUCCGAGAAAGUCUCGACUACAUCAAGAAGUUGGACCCCGAUAUCGCGCAAAUCGUGCGCGACUGUUACGGGUCGUCUGUCAACAAAGGCUUCGCCUUCAUGGUCGUGAUUGUGUUUUUUGCUUUGUUCAGUGCCUUUUUCAUGCGGGAAGCUAAGCUCACCCGUUAA